AGCUUUGAGAGAAUAAACAGUGACAAACCACACCCAGUUAUGUACAGCAACUCAUCUCCUUCCAGCCUGAAUAAAAGUGAGAAUAGAGCACUUUCGGUUCCAUUACCUGCUCUGUUUCUCAGCUGAGACGACUCUCAUCACUCUACUGAGACCCACUACAGACCUAAAGACCUCCUUAGUAGUGACCAGCGACACAGUUGUUUCCCAAGACUUAGAACUCACAGGGGAAAUUCAAAAAACUGACUCACUCCAGAAAUGGAUGGAAAAGAUGAGCUGAGGAUUGUACUACUGGGAAGAACAGGAGUUGGCAAAAGUUCUGCUGGAAAUACAAUUCUUGGAGAGAAAGUAUUUGAAACAGAAUGUUCCUUACAAAGUAAAACACACAUUUGCAAGAGAUAUGAAAAAGAAAUCAACGGCAAAAGAAUUGUUGUUAUUGACACUCCUGGACUUUUUGACACGGACAGGUCAGAGAAAGAACUCAAGAAAGAGAUAAUAUCGUGUCUCAUAGAGUGUGCACCUGGCCCUCAUGUCUUUAUUGUAGUGUUGGAGGUAGGGAGAUACACAGAGGAAAACCAGAAAGCAGUGGAGAAGUUGAUAAAAUACUUCACCAGUAAAGUGUUUCCUCACAUGGUGAUCCUUUUCACCCAUGGUAAUGAUCUUGGACAGAACAUGAGAAUCCACAAAUUCAUAAAGCAUCUUGAUGUUGAAGGCAACACGAGCAGAAAGCAACCCCUGAAAGAUUUCGCUGAAAAAUGUGGAAAUCGGGUUUUUGUCAUUGACAGCGAGCACUGGGACAAGGACAGCAGAGUGUCAGCUGUGAUAGCUGAACUAAAAAAGCUCAACAUUUCUGAAGAGAUUCUGCAGGAGAUUAAAAAUAGGCAGUUGAACGAAAGAGAUGAAACUCCAUGGCUCAGUAUAUUAUCAGAUCAAGCAGACAGUGAAGAAGCAGAAGGUCAGUACGAAAGUGAGGAGCAAGAAAUGAGAGAAUAUCGAAGCAAUCAAUUUCAACUCACUCAGUUAAUGAAGAGCAUAGAUAACAUAACUAAAAUAAACAAAGAACCCUACAGAAACAAAGCUUUGGAAGCGAUCGGAGAGGCCAUUAAGGAAGAGAUUGACAAAAUAAUACAGGAGAUGAAGGAUGAGGGGAAGAUCAGAGAUGUGACAGAGGUGGAUAUGGUUGUAAUCAGGAGGCGAGCAAUAGAGAGAGUGAGAACUAAGUUAGAGAGACCGUUGGCUGGUGUAGCUACAGGAAUAUUACUUGGAGCUUUGCUGGGAGCUGGAGUUGGAGUAGCAGCACCUGUAGUGUUAGUAGCAGGACUUAUAAGGGCAGGAUAUAGAAAGGCAACUCGUCAAAGACCACAAGCUGGAGCUGCACCAGUGGAGAGAGCAAAUGUAAGAGCGGGUAUUGCUGCUGCAGGUGUUGGUGUUGGAGUAGGGGCAGGUGUUGAGAUUUUAGGAGCUACUAUGGCGGAGGCAGCAGUGCUGGGUGCAGGAGUUGGAACUGGGAUAGGAGCAGCAGUUGGAGCUGGAGUUUGUCUUUUGUAUGGAGCUAGGAAAGGUGCAAUGUCAGGCUAUGCAGCGUCAAAGACAUCUGACAAUCCAAAUCAGACAGCAAAUAAAGUGGUCCAAGCUUUAAGAGACGAUGCUAAAGAUGUACUGAAAGCAUGCUGGAAUUUGGAAAAACCUGAUGCUGGAGAUGAAGCUGAGGAACCACUUGUUCAGAACAAUUAAACAGCAGUCAGUGUUUUAAUGCACCUGUCCUAUGCCUUCAUUUUUACAGUCAUAAACAAAUACAGAAAGUUUGGAGAAACAAUCAAGCUUGUAAAGGAUUCUUGUCACUGUAGAAUUGACAGUUAGUUAUUUUUUCUAAAAAAAAAAAUAUUUUAAUGAAGUUUUUUUUUUUUUAAAUCAACUGCUGACAGUUUUGGCAGGUUGGUUUAUUCUAACAGAAACAGGUACAUUCCUGAACUUUAACCUUAUAAUCAUAAACAAAACUCCAUAAAUUCAGAAGAUAAAGAUUAUGUUUUUCAAUUGAAUAUUGUAUGUCUCAUAUGUCUGUGAAAUUGGUCCAAUGAUCAGUUCUUUGC